AUGGAGACUGAUCAGAUAAUCCGAGGCCCAUCAGAUAACAAGCUAGUGACCAAUCGGAUCACGCAAUGGUGGGUGUGGUCUAGCGAUUCAAUUGGUCAGGAACCCGGCUCCUCCAAAUGCGUCGUAGAGGAGAGCUCGACCGGUUACCAGGCGGGAGCCGACGAAUUUUGUUUGGUCCCAUCAAAGUACCGUCCAAUGUCUCUACCGAGGGCGACAACCAAUUCGGCUAAGAAUCCCAGCACAGCCUCCAUCGCAAUAUAUUCUAGCGACUGGAAAGAUACCAAGUCCAUGGAUGGUCUGGGAGGGACACGCCGCGACCGCGCAGAUGCCGGCGUGUCCGAAGCAUGCCGAUUCACCGCGCUGACAGACAUGACCCAAUUGCCACACGAUCCCUUCUCACGGGCUAUUGUCCACUCGACUGUCCACUCUGUAGGCAACUCGCCCGUGAAGCCUGGCGAAAUUGCCCAGUCAUCGCAUCAAACAGGAAAGGUUACGAAGGGUGACACGCUUGGCAUGCCCGAGCUUCUUCUCCGCCUGUGGCAAGAACCUUGUCUCACGUCCAUCCAGGGAUGGCAUACCCAGCUCACCCAAUCGAUCAUUUGCCGCAUCUAA